CAACUACCACCAGUCUCAGCUUUGAAAGCAAUUUUUUAACUAUCACAAUGUCCCUCUGGAAAAACUAUUUCGGUCUUGAACCAGUUGCCUCCUCCAGCGCCACGCCCACAGGCAAGGAGACUCCCGCCAGAGCCCUCCCUGCCUCCUGGUACACCUCACAGGAACUCUACGAGCUCGAGCGCCGUGCAGUCUUUUCCCGCAAGUGGCUACUGACCACCCACAUCCUGCGCCUCCCCAACACAGGUGACUGGAUACAGUACAAGAUCACCGGCUACCCAUUCGUCCUCGUAAAAGACCGCCAGGGCCAAAUCAACGCUUUCCACAACGUCUGCCGCCAUCGCGCCUUCCCCGUCGUCACCGAGGAAUCCGGCACCUCGCGCAUCUUCGCCUGCCAGUACCACGGCUGGUCCUACGGUCUUAAUGGCAAGCUCGCCAAAGCCCCAGGCUACCAAGACGUCGACGGCUUCGACAAGUCCAAGAAUGGGCUCCUCCCGAUUCAUGUACACGUUGACAACAAUGGGUUUAUCUGGGUGAACCUGGAUGGCGGGGAGAAGCCUGAGAUCGCGUGGGAGGAUGAUUUCAAGGAUAUUGAUCUGCAGCCAAGGUUCAAGGACUUUGAUUUCACGGACUACGAGUUUGAUCAUACGUGGGAGACGGAGGGGGAGUAUAAUUGGAAGAUUUUGGCGGAUAAUUACAAUGAGUGCCAGACGUCGCAUCCAGAUAUUCCGGCGUUGGCGGAUCUGAGUGCCUACACUAUUGAUACGAAGCCGGAUCAGAUUGAGCGGGGGUUGAAGAUUGCUAGUACUUACUAUUUCCCCAAUGCGAGCAUGACUGUCUCACCCCACUUCUUCUUCAUGCAACGCUUCGUUCCCACAUCCCCUACAAACUGCGCCAUGAAAUACGAAGUCUACCGCAACAAAUCAUCCUCCGCCGAAGACUUCGACCUUAUCAACCAAAUGUACAAACGCAUCAUGUCCGAAGACAAGGACCUCUGCAUAAACACACAGAAGAACCUCAACAACGGCGUCUCCGUCAACGGCGAACUCCACCCCAAGAUGGAGAAGGGCCCGUUGUACUUCCAGGCAACGGUGCGGGAGAUUGUCACCGAGCACCGUGAGAAUGAGGAGAAAGAGGGGAAGGAGAUCUGGCCUGCUAGGCAGAGGUUGCCGGAGACGACGGCUGCGGGGGUUAGUAAGGAGGAUGAUGAGUUUUGUAGGGAGUUGGAUAUGACUGGGAAGAAGGGGCAGAGGGAUGUUGUUGGUGGUGGUGGUGGCGAGGGGUGUGGGAUGGAGGGUUGUUGCUCAGCUGGAGGGAUGGGGGGUGGUGGUGCGCCGGCUAGUGGUAGUCUUGUUUAUUAGGUGCUGUAUGAUUGUAUGAUUUAGCUAUGACUUGAUUUCUUGUUUUGCUUGGUUCUUUUUGCAGAAUGAAUAUAACGACUAAUGCACCUAUACAUUGAUUUUCUUGAGUCAUGAACACCUUUUCAGUUUCUCAAAAGAAUCGUUUUGGAUUCCUAUACAGAACAGAGCCACCAAGCCCCACG